UUGCAACGAGCGAAUCGAACACGUCCCGGGCUUGACCAAUCAGCGGCCGCCGUCUUGUUGUUUACACUCGUCGCAGUCUCGGAAGGGGAAGACCUCGACCUCAUACAGAAGUACAAAAUGCGUGUAGAUCUUGGAUUAAUCAUCCUGUUGGCGGCUUGCUCAGUAGCUUCUGCAGAAGAUGAAAAGAAGAAAGAAAAAGUAAAAAAACUGCAAAUUGGAGUAAAAAAACGUGUAGACAACUGUACCCUCAAAAGUCGUAGAGGUGACCUACUACACAUGCAUUAUGCAGGCAAGCUAGAAGAUGGCACUGAGUUUGACAGCAGUUACCCUCGUGGCCAGCCCCUCACAUUCACCUUGGGUUCUGGACAAGUGAUUAAAGGCUGGGACCAAGGCCUCAUUGGAAUGUGUGAAGGAGAGAAGAGAAAGCUUGUGAUUCCAUCUGACCUCGGCUAUGGAGCCUCCGGUGCCCCCCCAAAGAUCCCCCCACAUGCGACCCUGGUCUUCGAGGUCGAGCUCGUUAAGAUUGAGCGUAAAGAAGAACUCUGAAAGGAAGCAACAAACAGUUUGUAUUAUGAUACACUAUGAUAUUUUUCAAUAUGAUGUAAUUUGCUAUCCUGUUUUCAAGGAAGUCUUCUACUGCCAUUUAAAGAAAAAAAAAGAAACCUUGAAUCUGAUGUAUUUUGUUUGAAUUUCAUUAGAUCUUUCUGUAAGUUCACAACUUUUGAAGGAUGUUAUUCAUUAUUGUAAACGGUUUACAUCAUCUGCAAAAUGAAGUGAAUCCCAUAACUGUCACCUGCACUAAAUAAAUUCUUUACUGAAA